UCUCGUUCAUCAGUUCAGUGCGAACGUGUGAACCGAGCAAAAGCCCUUUUUCCGUAGCUGCAUUUCUGUGGUCGCAUUGGCAACCAACCAAAGUUUGUCAGGUAGAGUCAGUGGAAAAGAACUAAGAAUCAGCCUACUACCGUUUAUUAUUCCCUUCUCAGUCAGUGAGUUGAAAUAUGUCACUUGUUUGUAGUACAAUUUGAGGUGACCUUCCUGCUGUCAAUUUUAAAACGGAAACCUCGCCAGUCAGUCAGUCAGUCAGUGAGUGUACGACGAAUCUUCCUAACCCGCGUUUUCUCGCGACAGCACCGCCGGAGCUGGUGCGCGGGAGUCACUUCCCGUUGCGAUCAAAGCGGGAAUCAGCCCCAGGUCGUAGUAGAAUCGCUCGCAGCAGGACCUGGGUUAUAAUCGGUUGAGUCGAACGCGCGAUUUUGGAUCCUCCCCCGCAGAAAAGAAUUUGUAAUAUUUAAUACAAUAAAACCAAAAAAAGGACGACGUUUUUUAGAACUGGUUCAGGCCGUUGGUAGUUUUUUUUUGUCCGUCGACUAAAGGACGACUAAACAACAAAGUAGGAUCAUCAACCACAGAAGAAGAAGAACAAAAAAAAGUUGAAUUUUUAAUAUUGUUCGGCGCGUUGCCGUACCGAAAGCAGCAGCCCAAAGGCAAAAAGGAUUAACCCUAGUAGAAAGUUAAUUUUCCCCGUGUUUUUUUUUGUCGGUUUCCUAGACGACUGUAUAACCUAACCUAGCCGUUCGGCUUCUACUUUUGUUGGUCGUUUUGUUUUUUUUUUGUUUCUAAACGAAAAAGAAAAAAAGAAAAAUACAAGUGCUCAGUGAUGUGCUGCCGCCACCGGAAGCCGAUAUCCACCGACAACCGCGGCGGAAAGGAAAAGUUGGCGAAGGAAAUUGCCUGCUAAGCAGCGGCGCAGCCGUUCGUUCCGACCUUCGGCGUCAGCAAAGUUUUGCGGUCCCAGUGAAUUUCUGCUGAACGACUUAUUCUGAAGUGAGUGCCAAAGGAAAAGAAAAUAUUAUAAAAUAACCUAAGAAGUGAUCGACUAGUGGGGACUACCCGAAAAGAAACACACACACAGAGAGAGAGAGAAAGGUUUUCUGAACGAUUGGAAAAUGAAAAACUUCAGCUCCGGACGGUUCUGCCAGCUCGUUUUCCUGGUGAACGUGAUUGCCGUCAGCUACUCGCAGGUUGCCGCCAAAGAUGGCGACAGCGACAACGAUGCCGGGAAUGCCGGGUCCGUGGAAAAGAAGCAACACCCCAGCAAGCAACUAGCAAAGCACCGACAUCGGCGUGAAAACGUUGCCGAUUACGGUGGUGGAGGCCCAACUGGCCGGCGGCAGGAGACGAUCAUGGCCGGUGCCGAUGAUGGGGAAUUGGAAAAUUUCAUUGCACUAGCACCGGAUGAAGCGGAUAUUUAUAACUUUUCCAACAAUCUCAUCAACGCGGUGGAUAAUCAGGACCCGGCAGAUGAAAACGGAGCCGAACUGCCGCUGGAGAAUGCAAAUGAUGAUGCGAAUCCGUUUAAUGAAUUUCUUAAUCCCCCCCGCCAGAAUGGUGAGAAACAGGCGGAUUCGUCGUGGAGGUUGGAGGUGGAUGAACAGCUUCCACCGCCUCAACAACAGCAGGACGACAACGAAGUUGGCAAGAGUAAAUAUCUUCAACCGCUGAACCGAAGUCAACAACAGACGAGCCCGCUGCUAGCCAGCAGUAUUGAUUUCUUGAACUCCAUCGACGGUGGUUAUCUAAUGUCGAACGGGAUUAUCGACGAGAAAGGCAGACAGUUGGUGGAUGAUGGUGAUAACAGCCUGUCGACGUUGAAACCGGAAGGAGGCGAGGCAGAGGAGGUAAGUGACGAUGACAUUUUUGAACAGAUGCAGAAGAAGGCCAAGUCUUACCGUUUGAAGUUGUACAAGAAGCACAAAAAUUUCAAGCACAGUCAUCACCACAGAGGCGGAUACUAUCAUCCGGUGUAUCAACAUCAUCACCAUCAGUACUACCGACAGAAGAUGUUGGAACGGGAACGGGACCGCUGGAAGCAGCUUAACGAGCAGCAGUUGAAUGCCGGUUAUCAGGGUGAAAUUCGAUACUUUGACAGAUCUAAUAAAUUGGAAACCAAGGACGACAUAAAGGCACAUCUCGAUGGUUACACUAGCCGUGAGCAGUGGCCCCAUUUCGAUAAGGUUAUUAACUCAUUGAAUAAGGAACAACAGCAGGACAAUGUUCCGCCGUAUAUUAAAAAGUAUAACCGUAGAAAUAAGCAGUUGAUUGACCUGCUGGAGGGUACCAUUGCACCCCUGUCCGAUUACAGCCAACGUCAUCACGAGAGGAAGUAUCAUCGUAGAAAAAAUCCCAACUGGAUGGAGGAGGAUCUGUUUGAACAGCAACGUCCCAAUCAGAACAAUCUCGGCUUGCAACGGAACUACAUCCAGGAAACGAUUCAAUCAUCCACGGCACACUCGAACUCCCUGCCCGGUGAGGCAAUCCACAUCAUCUACGACAAAAAGCAAACGCAAGAUAACGAUCACGAGUACGGUCACCCGGCAACCGGUGUCGAUCCGAACCAUCCCUAUAAGCUAUCGUCCCGGGCCGGUCAGUUUGUGUAUCAUCGGGUAGCAUCACCACAGCCCAUCGGUGGUGGUGGUUAUGGGCGACUCAAACGUCAGCGGCUUCCCUUCGUGGCGAUCACCGAUCGCCGUCUGGGAUCUCCGCCAAAGCGUCGCGCCAACGCCAGCAGCAGUGAUCAUUCCGGCAGUAACAACAAUCUACUGAAUCACCAACCGAUGCCUUAAGCAAACGCAAGUCGCAGACUCUAACUACCACUUCUACUACUACUACUACUACUACUACUUCUAUUACUACCAUCCCAAUUUUAACCCGACAACACAACAGAACACAUUAUCACUAUCCGGCGACGGUGGUUCCCAACCCAAAAGCUCUAGGGGGAACCAUUUCGCGUAUAAGGCAGCUACUCUUUCUAGAAUAGUCCCUGAACAAAACAAACAAAAAAAAAACAAAAUUAAAAUAAACUACCAUACCUUUAAAUUUUUCAUCUAAUGCUGCGCGCUCUUUGCUGGCGACGACUAACACAAACAAACACACACCGGAACGAACACGAAAAUCCCGAGUGAGCUAACCCGGCUUUUUUGUUUUUGCGUGUACUGUCACUUGUCUGAAUUCAAAUAGCUCUGAAACGAAAAUGGAAAAUCAUUUGACAAUAACCACUUACGAGUAGUAACUCGAUUUGGCCCUCAACUGCAUUCAACGUCAACAAUAUAACGACAACAAGAGCAGAAGAAAAAUGUAUAACAAAAGUGACACCGUUCGAGAACAAAAGAGAAUCUAUUGAAAAUCGCCGUGAGACAGGAGCCAGUUUACUACAGUGAGGUCUCGUACAAUGCGGAUUCGGUUUUGCCGGAAAACCGCAAUAAACGGGACCCAGAGCAUUUCGGAAUUUCGACUGAUUGGUCAACAGAUAGAGCCACACAAUCUUCAGCAAACGUCAUCACGUUCUUGUUGUAGAUACUUGGACCAACAAUUUAGUGUAGUUUGACAGGCAAUUAGUUGAAAACUGCGUGAAAUAAUUCAUAUGUUUACAAUAGAAACAAAAAAAAAAGAGUUUGAACAUGAAAUAUUGCGAAUAUUUCAGCAUCUGGAAUCUUCAACCAACUUUUCGAGAGACUCAAAGUUUAUUAACAAGUUGAGAGCAAAUUCAGCAGCUGCACGAUUCAUAUGGGUGGUCUAUAAUAUAACUGAAACUGAAACAAACGAAUCCCCAGCAAGCCGUUUUAGUUUUAUUUAUUCGAACAGUUCUACUGUCAAAUUUAAAACUGGUAUACGCUGCCGUUCUAUUUUGUCGUGAAUACGACUUACUUUACUAUGGGGCGCCUUUUCAAAAUUUACCCUCUGAGAGAGUGAUAAGUUUUUGAUCGUGAAUAUCUCUUGUUGUAUCUAACGAAUCAACAUAAUUUUUGCUACACGCCAUCGGAAAUAUGAUCACAAUUUCAUGAUAAAAUUUUCAGUUGUGUGACAUGAUCUCAAACAAUUCAAAAUUAAACUUUUCUGAAAUGUUUGAUAUAAACGAGUAUCGAAGAGGAUUUAUAUAAUCUAAAGGAUUUAUAUAAUCUCAAUAAUCAAAAUUUUUCAACUUAAACGUGAAUAGCAACAGCGUUGAAGUAUUUCAAUAGCACACUAUUGAAAAACCUGGCUCAUUUGACCCAUGUCAACACCAGCCAAUCAGAACGCGUUCUAAGGAAGAGAACAAAAUAUCUGCUGCUGUACAACAAAUCGUUCGAGAAAAAUGGUCCGAACAGUGCUUAAUAUCGUAGUGAGUUCCCAAAUUUGGUCUUCUGAAAGGCAGGAAUGAAUCCCGUACAGCAUCCGGAUAGUUUCUUUCAACGAAAUGCAAAUCCGAAAUUAAAAUUCUAUAUGUUGCUAUUUUUAAAGCCGUUAGGACCGCCCAUUAGUGAAAGAGCUACACAUGAAAUCACGUAAAAAGAACAAAACAAAAAUUGGAUCAGUUUGGAUUCUAUCACCACUGCGAGCAGAUGUAUUGUGUGUCGUUUGCAAAGCUAGUUUCGCUUCCGACAAGAGCGAUUACGUCACAGCUGCCAGUUGUUUGCAUUGGUGAAAAACCAACGAAAAGAGGACAACGGUGGAGAGCAUCACACAAAAUCAACCGUUCUAAUGGCUCUAAAAGUUUUCUCAAGAACUAUUAGGAUUCCUUGCUCGCAAAUCGAAGGUAAAUAUCUUCAGUUUAGUGCAAAUCUAGAACUGUUUGAUUAGAUUUGUUCACUUUUCGCUGUGAGAAAUUCACAGUAAUCGAGAUCAAGUGAAGCCUUUUUUUUGCGAUAAAUGUGAAAAAGGGGAAUGCUUGCGUAAUUCAUACAAUUGAUCAACUAAUUGAUAUUCGGAAGUGUUAAGGAACAUGUCAGUUGUUUUCGUAUUCACGACAUCCAGUUAUGUCUCUGACAUUACCCACCCGCCUUUUUUCUAUAUUUGAAACACAGAUAAAACGCUGCUGGGGCUGCCAGUUUAUUUUGUUAUAAUUUCUAGAUUUAAAUUUCAAAACUGACAUAAAUUCUGUAUCUAGAACUAGAACACUCCUGGCAUGUUCAGGAGUGUUCUAGUUCUAUAAAAGUACUAGCUGACCCGUCGAACUUCGUUUCGCCCAAAAAUUAUUUGCUCAUAAAUUUUCGGACAUCAGAAUUGUUAAACGACUAAGUGGUUACAUUUCUCUUCAUCUUUUUUCUGAUUACUUAACCUACAAUUAACGGAAUUCGACACACAUUCACUUUAGCCCGAAAAAGAAAUAUCACAAAAAAAUAAUAAUGUGAAAAUGUGAAAUACUUAUGUUAGACUAAAAUUGAACAAAUGCACAGAUUCUCAUCUCAUCCUUUGAGUCAAUGCACUGAACAGCCUCUCUACUGGCUUCUGCAUAAUGGAUAUAAGGUGUCAUAUUUUCUGUUCUAGAUGUGAUUCUUGCUUCCGAUAAUCGAUAAAAAAGCUAUCUACUAACCACUAAAUUUUGUAUUCAUAAACCUAACACAAUGUUGAAGAGUUUCUCUCCUAGAGUUGUUCAUUCGGAAGGAUAUAUGACAAUUUGUAUUUAACAAAAGUCGCCGAAAGUUCGUAAAAACAAAUUUAGCUUAAGGGGAGGCAGGAUCUAACACUUUUGAAAAAUCAUUUAUUUUUUCUUUAUAUUUUUUUUAUAGUAAAACAUUUUAAGAAUAUUCUGUGAAAUUUUCAAGCCUAUCGGAACGAAACUCAGCAAGUUAUAGGCUUUUAUCUUUGUUUAUUUUUGACUACGAAGAAGUAAGAGCUCGGCAUACAGGCCCAAGAUUUCUGCUGCGAUUGACUUUAAAACUUGACAAAACAUUUUUGAAAUGUUUCAUUAUAACAUAAUACAAAAUAAAAAAUACAAUUAGACCCUACGGGCUCCCUAGAGUGAUAUAUUUCUUCCUUCGAUUUUUUCGAAAACCUUUGAACGCACUUUUUUGAAAGUAGGUUUUGAAAGUCCGUGUCCAUCGUCAUUCAAAAACUACUGCGCCAAUUUUUUUCAAAUAUUGCACACACUUUCUACAUGUAAAAUACUAGACAACAACGAUUUUCGUUUUGUUGUUUAUUACUUUGAGGACGUUUUAGAGCUACAAAAUGGUGGAUUUUUUCUUGAAAAUCAGCAAAAAUUAAUUAAAUUUAAAAAAAAACAUUAGAAACGUUGGGGUCUAGAAAAACGUCUACUCUAUCUGCUUUGAUUUGUUGACUUCAGAUUGGUCUGCGCUGAAAUAUAGUGGACGGCAAAUCAUAAUUUUUAAGAAGCGUCCUUCAAGAUACCUCUUCACCAACUUAUUCCUCAAUAUUUUUCAACGCAACGCAAAAAUCGCAAAUAUGAUGUUAAUUUCACCAUUUUCACCAGGGAAAUUUCUUAUUUUGACAUUAUCGCUUCUACAGCACAUUGUUUUCAUUGAUUCAUUCAUUAAUUUUCUGAUUUAUUAAACUCUCGCUCACGAUGACCAAUAUUAUUCAUAUAACUGCAUUGCAUCUACUGGUAAACAAUAUCAGAACUUUUCCUCCUGCCGAUGGUAUAGCUAGAAAAGCCAUACACAGUCCGCCAUAAAGUCAUUUGGCAAGCAAUAAUUUUGAUACCCUAUUAAGCACGUGGUUGGAAAUGGCGAAUCACAUGGAUCAAGCAUGCAGACUGAGACUUGCACACAAAACAACUUGUUGCGCGCCAAAAGAUUUUCUAACGAUCUAGUAUUCUUUUCUUCGACUGCCAAACAUUUAUGCAACUCGUUAUGCGCCAAACACCUAUCGAUGAUCUAGCAAUCAUUGACGACUUUUGUCGUGAAUACGACUUACUUUACUAUGGGGCGCCUUUACAAAAUUAGCCAUAUGGAAGAAUGGGCAGAACUUAAUCGUGAAUAUCUCGACUUGUAUUAAUGGCAGCAACAUAAUUCUUUCACUAUUUCAUCAAAAAUAUGAUCAGGAAUUUAGGAUAAUAUUUUGAACAGUUUGAGAUAACCACAAACAACUCAAAAAUGAAGUUUUCUGAAAAUUUCAAAACAACGCGGAGAACUCUUUACUUUUGCUUGGGGUUUUCGCGCCAGGACGACGAUUUUGAGGUAGUCAGGCACAUAUCUUCAACUGAACGUUAUAAAAGAGGAACCUUGGUCGAAAAUCGAUCAUUUCUUCUUGUGCGUUGGAUGGAAGCAGACGUCGAGGCCAAAAGACGCAUUCAAACAGCGGCAUCGGAGAGCGCAGCUUCUGCGUGGGUAAAAACCUCAAAUGUUCAGGUCGUAGUUCUCAUUGAACCACAUUAAACCAGUUUCGCAUCAUUUGGCACUGCGAGCGGAUGUGCCGGUUUGUACGCAAAGCUAGUGGUUUGCAUUGGAAAGAAAGAAAACAAGAAACGAAAAGUGAACAACAUUAUAUAAAAUCAACCGUUCCAAUGGCUCUAAAUGUUAUCUAAAGAACUAUUAAGAUUACUUCUUUGCAAAUCGAAGGUAGAAAUCAUCAGUUUAGUGAAAAUCCAAAAUAAUUUGAUUUGCUUCGUGCACUUUUCGCUGUGCAAAAAUCGUUCGAGAUAAAUGCUAAAUAUCGUAGAGAAUUCCACAAUUUGGUCCUUCUAAAAGGCAGAAAUGAAUCCUGUACAGCAUCUUGAUAGUUUCUAUCAAUGAAAUUUGCAAAUCCGAAAUGAGAUAAUCGACGUCAAAAAUCAUUUAAAAUUUUAGUAGUGAAAAGGGAGAAUGUUUCGCAAUUCACACAAUCGAUCAACUAUCAAUUCGAAUGUGUAAAGAAAUCGUGUCAGUUUUAUUCGUAUUCAUGACAUCCAGUUAUGUCUCUGACAUUACACACCCGUACUUUUUCAACGGAAAAUUCCAUUGACCAUACAAAACAACUCUAUGGAUUUUUCCCUCUUUUCCGGCAAAUUUUCCUAUUUUUUUUAUGUACGAACCCGGUGGAAGUAAAAACUGAUCAAACAAAAAAAGAAUCAUGUAAAUCCGUCCAUCCGUUCUUACGUGAUGCGAUUAACGAAUGAUCUCUGCAUUUUUAUAUAUAUAGAUAUUUCGGAAUCACUCCAUCAGAUGGAAUUAGUGAGCUUGCUAUGGUACAAAUUUCAAUAUCAAAAUUAUGUUCUAUAGUGCGAAAAAGGGAUUACAAUUCUGCCAAUGAAAAUUGAUUCUAUCAUAUCUUUACAAUUUGUAGUAUCUACAAUAAGUUUGCCGAAGAUCGUAUAGCUCUAUCCGUCGACCGAACCCGAGAUAACCGUUCACAGUCCCGAUCAGUCGAAAUCCUCGAAAUGCUCUGGGUCCGGGUUUAUCGCGGAUUCGUUUUGCACGGCCCCAGUGAACCGCGUUAUACGAGACCCCUCUGUACUAUCGAAAAGAAAUGCGGAAUGGGAUGCAGUGCAUCAGCAGCACGAGUUGAUCGAAAGACGGAAACUGCUUUUGUCGAGGUAAGCUUCCCAUUGUUGUUGGAUGUAAGAAAAAAAAAAACGGGAAGGGGGUUUGAGAGAGCAGAAAAAAAAAUUACAUACUGUCGUUUCUUCUCGUUCGAUUGAAACUCGACUCCCCAGGGAAGCCCGCCUCGGGGAAAGGCAAAGCAUAAUCGCAUUCGAUGACGGAAGCGGAAAAAAUCAUUCCAGUCAGCUAUCUGUCAAUUCCGAUAGAGCGAGAGAGGCAGAAAGAGGAAAAUGUGAUUACUGCUUUGAUCCACGGAUUAUGUGCAGCAAUGGCCGGCAAUCAGAUAAUCGAACUAGGCCUCAGAAGGUAAUGAUCUAGGAAUACUCUAUUAUUGCCAUUUGCAAUAAAAAUAAAACAAACUAAAACAGAAGACCCAAGUUAAGAUAAAGACGAUGACAAUAUAUAUUUAUUAAAAACUAAAUUAAUAACAAAAAUUUACCUAGUAAAAAUCAAAGUAAAAAAACACUAGAUCACACACCCACUUGAACUCAAGAAGUCAAAUGAAAACCAAAAAAAAACAUCACUUAUAUUUACUAACAUAUCAAAAUUAAUCUUUGACAAACCAACAAACAAAAUCAAAAUGGCGCCCAUCGUGUGUAUGCGCGAAGCCCGGUUUACUUUCUCCGUUUCUUGGCGCGGAAGUAUUACGCAUAACAACGCAAAGGCUAAGAAAAGCAGAACGAGGGCAGAAAGUUUUUGUACGUUAAAAAUAAACAAUAGACAAGCCGCCGACCAAAGGCACCAGAUAGAGGAGUCAAUUUGCACCUAGCAAGCAAGUAAGCAAAACAAAAAGUCAAUAUUCACACAACAUUCUUCACAUCAAAACCACCACCGACACUCCGAAAGCAAACACGAUUACACCCACACAUAUGCAUGCGCACCUAUCGACGAGAAAACAACCACGCAAGAAAAAACGAACGCCUACUGUGACUGCCAUUUGGAUUCUGGUCAAGGUUUUUAAUUUCUGCGUUGCGAUCUUUUUUUGUUUUGUUUUGUUUUUUGUUUUUUUUUAAGGUUCCGUUGAAGAUUUUUGUGUGCAUAUUUCAAAAUACCAAAUGGAAAUAAGUAAACAAAACAAAAAAAAACACUAAAGAUAACGAAGUCCGGCGGCGGAUAAAAUAUGAAAACGUGACAAUAAGCAAAUGGAACCACAAUUUUUCUAGCAUUUUAUAGGAAAGCUUCCCCCCCCGCCCCUUACGGAGCUGUGGAAUCCGGAUCCGGUCUCGUUCUUUUUUUUCCUGUGCUCUGAUUGCGAGCGGUGUUUUUUAGAAAGAGAAUGGAAAAAAUCGCGAUUUAAACAACUUUCAAAGGAAGGUAAAUGAAAAUAAAAUAAAAAUUAAAACAAAUAAGCAAUAGAAUUUGACAAUACCGUUUCGGAGGGAGAGUUCUGCGCAACUGGGGAAAUCGUAGGAAAAUGACAUUAAAAAAAAAGACCCUCGCAUAUUCGAUGUCACAGAAACAACAACCAUAUAGCGCCAUUUAUCAAAUAAACAAACAAAAAAUCAAAAUGGCUAACGGGGACAUUUGAAACGAAUCGUGAUACAAUUUAACCGAAAAAAUAAAGCAUGUAUGUGAAUUUAAAUAUGUUCAAUUCAUUUUUUUUCACGCUAAGUUUAACGAAUUACAAAUGGUGGUUUAAUGGAAGUGCAUCUCCGACAAAAUUCAGAACCGAACGAUGCUGAACUAACGGGAGAAAGUUAUAGUCAAUUUUCUACAUCAAACUCAACCGAAAUAAAAAAAGAAAAACAAUUGCUGCACAGCUUUCCGAAAACGGAAGGAAAUCCACAUACAAGCAAACUAAGCAAGAGAUGAAAUCACGUAUUGGACGCAAAAAUGUUAAACCAAGAAAAAAAUGCACUUUUUAGAAUAAUGAUGAUGAUAAGCUAUGUUAGUUUAUAGAAUGCAAAACACAACAAAAAAAUUACAAUAGCUAUUUUACUACUAAAAAUAAGAAUCCAUUCUACUGUAGAAUAAAAAGACCGCCUACUGGAAGCUAACCUUCUUAUGUACCAUAUAUAUAAGAGGCAACAAACAUACACACAUACUAACAGCCCAUAAUAAUUUCACUCACACACACACACAUACACAAAUAAACAAACGAAAAUGAAUAUAAUCCGAAAAAAGUAAGCUAUAUAUACUUAGAUAUGUCACUUAUUAAAACCGCAGCCAACGAGCUGCGGUCACUGACCCGAAAUUUAAGGCAUCUAUGCGUGAAUUGUGUAAAAACUAAAAGCAAAAAAAAACA